AUCUACAGAGAAGAAAAUGACAACCACCCAAAAGCUUCUCCACCUCUUCUACUUCGCCACCUUCCUCUUCCUCCUGCCUCUAUCCUCCAACUGCACAGACCCUCUUGGCAACUUCUGCAACAAUAGCAACAACAUCACCAACAGCCAAACUUCCGCCAACAUCAACAAAGUCCUCGCUGAAUUACUCGCAAACGCUUCUGGCAGCGGCUUUGCAACCGCAUCCUACGGUUCGAAGAACGACCAAGUGUUCGGGCUUGCUCAAUGCCGAGGCGAUGUGAGCGCCGAUGACUGCAAGUCCUGCCUGGCUGACGCCGCUGAGCGUCUGCCUACGCUGUGCCCCAAGCAGGCUGAUGCCAGGAUAUGGUUUGAUUACUGCUUCCUACGUUAUGACACCCAGGACUUCUUCGGGGAAGUGGACUCUGGGUUUGGGAUAUUCUACUGGAACGUGGAGAAUGUUACUGAGCCGGAGAGAUUUGAUGCCGAGCUGGGGAAGCUGAUGGACGGGGUGAGGAAGCAGGCUGUGGCGCCGGGGAGUCGGGGGCUGGGAAAGGGGGAGUCCAAGUUCUCAGAUUUUGUGACCAUCUAUGGGCUGGUUCAGUGUACCGAGGACUUGUCCCGGCUCUCCUGCGCGCAGUGCCUGGCGAUCGCCGUGGCCAACUUUCCAAAUUUCUGCCUCCAUAGGAAAGGCUGCCGAGUUCUCUAUAGCAGCUGCUACGUUCGAUAUGAGCUUUAUCCUUUCUUCUUUCCACUCGAUGCGAGCAAGAGUAUGGUAGGGACGUCCGCCAUGACUGUCGUGCAUCCCUGACCAUCUCUAGCUCACCAUAAACUAGCUCGAUCCUAUCAAAAAUAAUGUCGACGUUGAUGUUCCCAAGUCAUUACUGUGUUCAUGUCCAAGUCAAAGUCCAAGUUGCAAGCCGAUUCAUGAAAGAGAAUGGCGAGGUUUAUAACAGGGCACUAUCACAAUACCUUGUGGAGUCUGUUGAGUCAGAGUGAAACUAUAAUUUCUAAAUAACAUUCGAAACAGCUCAAUUCAAUGGAGCUGCCUAUCUUAGGAUAUUA